AUGUCGGACACACAGGGCACGCCAGCGCUGAAAAAGACAUCUCGCACCUUGCCAUGGCCUGAAUCACACAGCACCCCAAAGUCUCAAGGUGCAUCGUUCCAAUUGAAUACAAGUACCCGAACCGAAGAGUUCUCCUCCGAUCAUACAGAGGUUGAAAGGCGGAUUCGAGUGGUAGAGCAGGAGAUGCGAAAUCGGGUGCGAUGGGUGUAUGUAUCAACCAAUCAAAGGAGAGCUCUUCGGUUUGAGUACUUGUAUUCAAUUGGAAUGAUGCACCUUGAGACUUUGGAGUGCUGCGUGAUUCAGGCCAUGGCAAGAUACAAGAUGUCUUUUUCAGUGCUGGUAGCCAAUUACAGGUCUAGGUGA